UUGACGAGUUGAUAUUAAAUUACCAACUGAAGUCAACAGUUUAAAUCUGAAUUUCGUCACUCGAAUUGAUUAAAGUAAGAUGAUCGGCGCUAAAUACUCCACACUUUCUUCUCUUGAGUUAUUUUUCAUUCAGUUUCGUCAGCAUUGUCGUUAGGCAUUUGCGUAGGAGACAAUAAUAGUUGAGCAAGACAAUAAAAAAGAUCGCGUGGAGAUUGGGACUGGGCUGUAAUGGAUAGGUCAAACAUCAAUGGAUGGGGAGAGCUCGAGCCCCGAAGGGGGUCCGGACACCCCGCCAAACACUCCUGUUACACCAUCACACAAGACUACGAUGGAGCAUCACAGGCAGUGGAGGGAAUUGGACAAGUCCGAACCAGAGCCGGCCGCCUGUUUAGGUCAGCAUCAUCACCAACAUCAUCAUCACCAUCAUCACCAUAGCUCCCAUAAACAUCACCAUGAUGGUCAUUUCUCCGCGUUUGAAAAGAAGCUAUCGUACGAUCUUCAGAGCAUCUGUGAUGUCAAAACUCAGACCAACAGCUAUACCUCGUCGAUAUAUUCAUGCUACCAUGCCCAUUGGUGCAUUGCUUCUGUACCCUCGACGCCACGUUCUAGUCCCACUCCCGCGAGUCCGACCCUCUCUUCCCUCUCAUCGAACUGUAGCAGCGAAGGAGAGCUUGGGUGGCAGCAGCCGUUACGUCCGCGGACCAUCACCGAGAAAGAUCGAUCUACCCGCAAAUCGGUUGGAGGUGAUGAUGACGACGACGACGACGAUGACGAUGCGGACCAAAACAACGACCAAGACCAAGACCAUAGUGGCAAUUUGCCGAAUCCAGGUACCCAUCCUGCCACUGGCCAGCCGAUACGAGAUCCUUUUCCUUUUUGUCCUUCUCCUUCUUGAUACAUAGCUGCAAAGCUUUGUUCAUCCUGUGCACCACGUGUCUCGAUCUAGCGACUGAAUCAUUAUCAUGUUUUCUUGAGAAGUAAAUGCAGAAAAAUUGAAAAAAUGGAGAGAGAUUGUCAGAUUAGAGAUAUCUAUUAUAAUUUACAGGAUGGUAAAAAUACAUUUGAAAAAGUCUGGAA